AUGUGGAGUCACGAACCAACAUGCGAUAUUGAACUGAAGGAACUGCUGGAAUUAUAUUUGGAUAUUGGUAAUAUGACCAUUGAGAAAAAUUCCAAAUAUGGUUUCAGAUUCAUCCUCAACCCCACAAGUGAAUAUAUUGUGAAAAUAAUGAGAAAACUAUUGGAAUCAAAAUUGAUUCCAUUCAAAGGGCUGACAAUUUGGUGGUCUAAGCUAAUUCCUUUGAAAGUAAGUGGUUUCAUAUGGAGAGCUUUGUUAGGAAGGAUUCCAGUGGCAGAUACUUUGGCAACUAGGAGAAUUAUCAUCCCUAAUAAUCUUUGUCCCCUGUGUAAUAAGGAGACAAAAACGGUGGAUCAUAUACUUGUUACAUGUGAGUAUUCUAGGGAGGUACAAUAUUGGAUACUUAAAUGGUGUGGAAUUGAAAAAGAGUGGGUUCGAAAAUGUGAAGGAAUUCACAGAUUACGCAGCUACCUGGGGAAGUUGUCCAACGAAGAAGUUAAUAUUAAACAUGGUGUUUCACUGCCUCAUCUGGAAUUUAUGGCUAUCUAG